AUGAAGUUCUCGACAGCUCUUAUCGCCUUAACCUCCGCUGUUGCAUUUCUGGCCAGCCCCACGGCUUCAGAGAGCGAGGUGCAUCUUCGAGUGCACCUUGACAAGGGCAUCUGCUACACUUCGUGUCCUUCGGGUCAGUACUGCCCCAACGAGGAGUAUCCCCACAAGUGCCGCGGUCCCAAGAGUGGCGAGUGCUUCAACCCUGCCACGGGUGCGUUCCAGAAGGGCUGCUCGGCG